AUGCCAGGAGGUCACUGGCACCGUAUUAAGGUGAUGCCAGGUCACUGGCACCGUAUUAAGGUGAUGCCAGGAGGUCACUGGCACCGUAUUAAGGUGAUGCCAGGAGGUCACUGGCACCGUAUUAAAGUGAUGCCAGGAGGUCACUGGCACCGUAUUAAGGUGAUGCCAGGAGGUCACUGGCACCGUAUUAAGGUGAUGCCAGGAGGUCACUGGCACCGUAUUAAGGUGAUGCCAGGAGGUCACUGGCACCGUAUUAAGGUGAUGCCAGGAGGUCACUGGCACCGUAUUAAGGUGAUGCCAGGAGGUCACUGGCACCGUAUUAAGGUGAUGCCAGGAGGUCACUGGCACCGUAUUAAGGUGAUGCCAGGAGGUCACUGGCACCGUAUUAAGGUGAUGCCAGGUCACUGGCACCGUAUUAAGGUGAUGCCAGGAGGUCACUGGCACCGUAUUAAGGUGAUGCCAGGUCACUGGCACCGUAUUAAGGUGAUGCCAGGAGGUCACUGGCACCGUAUUAAGGUGAUGCCAGGAGGUCACUGGCACCGUAUUAAGGUGAUGCCAGGAGGUCACUGGCACCGUAUUAAGGUGAUGCCAGGAGGUCACUGGCACCGUAUUAAGGUGAUGCCAGGAGGUCACUGGCACCGUAUUAAGGUAAUGCCAGGAGGUCACUGGCACCGUAUUAAGGUGAUGCCAGGAGGUCACUGGCACCGUAUUAAGGUGAUGCCAGGAGGUCACUGGCACCGUAUUAAGGUGAUGCCAGGAGGUCACUGGCACCGUAUUAAGGUGAUGCCAGGAGGUCACUGGCACCGUAUUAAGGUGAUGCCAGGUCACUGGCACCGUAUUAAGGUGAUGCCAGGAAGUCACUGGCACCGUAUUAAGGUGAUGCCAGGAAGUCACUGGCACCGUAUUAAGGUGAUGCCAGGAAGUCACUGGCACCAUAUUAAGGUGAUGCCAAGUCACUGGCACCGUAUUAAGGUGAUGCCAAGUCACUGGCACCGUAUUAAGGUGAUGCCAGGAGGUCACUGGCACCGUAUUAAGGUGAUGCCAAGUCACUGGCACCGUAUAAAUACAAACAUUAAUCUAACCUUUGGAAUAUGCGAAACAAUCUCGGCUCAAUAA